CACAGCUGUUCAACAUUCAAAACCCUCAAAGAAUCCUCUAGACAGCUCCCAACACCUCCAAACCCUUAAAACCCUCUCUCUCCCUCCUCCAUCCUCAUCUCCCAAACCCCAUUAGUUCAAUUUCCUAGAGCUAUCCUUUCCCCUCUUCUCUGUCCAAGGGGACACAGGAACUCAUAGAACCAACACAUGGGCUCUUUGGUAGGGCAUGUAAUCCCCGGAUUAGGUUUCCUUGUAAUUGGAUUAUGGCACCUCUUCAACCUCAUCAAACUCCACGCGCUCAACCCAAAAUCCUUCACAUCUUCUCCUUGGUUUCCAACCUCAAGAAUGAGAUACUUAGAACUCUUCUUGAUCAUGGGAGGUAGCUGCACCUCUAUAGCCAUGGAGCUCUUUAUCGGCCCAGAGAGCCACCAGCCAUUGGACUCUGAUGGAACCAUCCCAACCACCCACCUCCACAACUUUGAGCAUGCCUCCAUAUCCCUCUCCUUCUUCAUAUAUGCAGCUUUUGCGUUUCUGUUCGAUCAAAUUCAACCAAAAGCCCACCAUGGGAUCACCCAGCUGCUAGGAGCACUGGCUUUCGCCCAAGAGCUCCUCCUCUUCCACCUCCAUUCGACUGACCACAUGGGUGUGGAAGGCCAAUACCACCUGCUUCUACAAAUCAUAAUUCUCGUAUCUAUGCUCACCACUCUUAUGGGAAUUAGCCUUCAGAAGAGUUUCUUGGUGAGCUUUGUCCGGUCUCUUGGUAUUUCCUUCCAGGGCAUUUGGCUUAUGGUCAUGGGCUUUGCUCUCUGGACCCCAUCGUUGAUAGCAAAAGGGUGCUUCAUGAACUCGGAAGAUGGCCACUUUGUGGUGAGGUGCGAGACUGAUCAUGCCCUAUACCGAGCUAAGGCACUGGUGAACCUUCAAUUCAGCUGGUUCACUGCUGCAGUUGUUGUCUUUGGUGUUUCCGUUUAUCUAGCUCUGACUGUAACUUACACCAAGAAAGUUUGGUAUUGGUCUCUGGGUAAGAUGGAGGAAGAAUAUGAUGAUGAUGAUGACGACGAGUCACGGCAGAAGAGCAGACCUGAUGAAUCCAAGAGUUUGAUUCACAUGGGAAAAGGAUCAACACCAGGGAUGGACAUUGAGAGGUAGACAAGAAGUUAGAGGGGACCUGGAUGGAGGAGUUGAUUAUUGAUCAUAUGUCCGUUUGUUUAUUCAAUAAGCCCCUCGGAAUAACGGGGUUGUUGAGAACUGAUAUACCAAUAAGAAGAGUGGAUAGAUGUACUGGGGGGAAGGUUUGAAAUUGUUUGGCUUUGUGUUGAUAGCUUUUAGCUGAGAGUGAGCUCAUUGUGUUUGAAUGUAUAUAUAUAAAGAAAGGCAAAGAGGACAGGAUUUAUAUUUCCUUUAAAACUAAUAAAUUGUAAAUUGUAUUGCUCUCCAGAAUAUU